GGUUAAAUACAGCUCCGAAGAGGACAUUAAGCGCCUCUCGUCUAGUUUACACAUACGCUGAGGAGGCGAUCAAGAAUUUGCUGCAGCCAUACUUUCUCCCCCUUGUGGCAUGGAAUGCAGGUGAAGAUGUGGCCUCGUCCAAAAUGUCCGCCAGCUCUUACAGCAGCCGCCCACGUAGCUCCCUGGGUCCUUCCAGACCUAGCACUGCAAUUAGUGAUCCAGUCACCACGUCCCCUUCUCGUGCCUUUGGUGAAGUUGCAGAUCUCUUCACUCGAGUCAUGACUUUCCAAGUGAUGGACAUGGUUGAUUCCGAGCUAAAGAGACGUGCCCAGGUUCGCUUGUCAUCGCCUGACAAAGAGGAAAGUGUCACUGAGGGAGAAGUGCCCCAUCUGGUUGAUGGAGUCCCAGGUCUGCUUUCUGGAUUGGUCGAGAGGUUCCUUUCAGAAUUCAGCUAUUCUGAAUCUGCUCCAUCUAAUGCAGAGGACCAUGUCAGAGGCACACCUUCAUCCCCCAGGAGCCAGAGCACACGAUCUGGCACUGCGAGUCGUGAGUCAAAGUCUGCCUCACAAAAACUUAAAAACGUGUUAGGGCUGUUCACCAGGGUGAUGGUAAGCCAAGUGAUGGAUAUCGUACAGGUGGAAUCAACAGUGGAACUGGAGAAAGAUCAGACUAAGGUCUCCCCCACUGCAGAGGAACAGCUUGAUGCUGAGCAGCCUCAUAGCUCAGGCAGCAGACCAUCAAGCUCUAGAUUCUCUGAUCAGCUGAUCAGUUUGCCCUCAGGUGUCACCCCUGUGUCCUCUGUGGCUGGUUCGGGCAGCAGUGACAAUGGCUGCUUGGUCACUGUUCUAAUGCUAAGACUGUUGGCCAAACUCAGAGAUCAACCAACUGCUGCUGGUGAGAUGGACGCCUCCAGGGAGUUGAUUGAGACAAUCCUCUCUGAGUUCAGCAGCCCUUCAGGAAGUGUAAACUUCUACACUUAUCCAGGUAACGUAAAGAUCCAGGCAAUGUACCAAACCAUGGAUAAGUUCCUCCUGAGGGAGUUUGGACCUGAGGCUGUCCUGCAGAGAGCGGUGGACACACAGGAUGUAUCCUUUGAUCACAUCUUGCUCACAGCACUGAGAAGGGAACUGCUGCCCCAGUGUGAUGCUGAAGCAACUUCUGUCCCAUCAGCCCUCAGUGCUUCACCCUCCCUUCAGUCAGCAACUGUCCCAUCAGCCCUCAGUGCUUCACCCUCCCUUCAGUCAGCAACUGUCCCAUCAGCCCUCAGUGCUUCACCCUCCCUUCAGUCAGCAACUGUCCCAUCAGCCCUCAGUGCUUCACCCUCCCUUCAGUCAGCCCCUGCAGCAGAUGAAGGGCAAACAACCAGGACUUCCCUGAGGACACUGAGCUUUAAACUUAAGAUGCCAAAAAGAGGCUGCAAGAAAGUGUCUCCCACCAAUGGCUUUUCUGGCAAGUUUUAUGCUGAUCAGCAUCCAGAGACCGCUGCCCCUCAGCCUCCAUCUGAUGCUGCCGCUUCAGCCUCUGGACAGAGGACUCGUAAGCGCUUCUCUUUCAUCAGGAGGAUGUUCACUUGCUGCAUUCAAGACUCAUCUGAACCUUGAACAAUUAGCUGCUCCCAAACCCCUCACACACACAAACACAAACCUGUUUCACCUGAUAUCAAUAAAACCUUUGCAUUCA